CAUUAAAAAAAACAAACCGCUCUAAAUAAAAAAAAAACAAUCUCGUUCCCUCCAUCUCUAUCCCUCCCCCCUUCUGUUCUGUCUUCUGCCAAACGCCACCCACGGGCCACGACCACCUGACCUCCACUAGUCCACCUGCAGUCCGGCCACCCGCCACCGUCCUCUCCGGCAGUGGAGCCGCCGCCGACCACCAGGACAUAUUUUAAAAGAAAUAAUGAAGAACAAAACAAUAACUUCAUUUUUUAAAAGAAAGAAUCAAGAAGAACAAGUAGAAGGAAUUGAUGAUGAAGAACAACAAGAAAGUAAACGUCAAAAAGCUUCAACAAGCGAACCGGUUAGUAGCCUAGAAAGAGAUCCCGCUAAACGACUUGAAAUGUGGAAAUAUCCGGUUAAGCUUCCGUGCUCCCUUCUAUGGCUUCCUCAUUGUCUGCUAAUGCUGCAUUUCAUGGCUGUUGUUCGUUGUGACGUCGGCACAGCUAGCUUGUAUAACCCACCUUACACACCUUCGGCAUGUUAUGGAAAUGAUGCUUCUCAAUUUCCAACUAGUAAUUUGUUUGCGGCGGCUGGAGAGGGAAUAUGGGACAACGGGGCUGCUUGUGGGAGGCAGUACUUGGUGAGAUGUAUAAGUGCAACCAUACCGCAAAUAUGCAUUCCUGGGCAAACGGUUCAAGUUAGAAUAAUCGAUCGGGCUCAAACCUCUGUUUCAAGGCCUACAAGGGAGGGUACGACUAUGGUCCUUUCAGAUACUGCUUUUGGUAUCAUAGCAAAUCAAAUUGCAUCAAUUAACAUUGAGUUUCAACAGGUGUGAAUAUUAGGAUCGGACGUUGUUUUUUUCUUCAUUAAUUUGAGCGGCAAUACUUUGAUAUCCAUAUUUAAUGAACGACAUGACCGAUUCUUAUAUAUAGCUUCUGGAGAGCACCUACUUUUUAGGUUUGUAAAAGUCAAAUAGUUUUGACAAAUAUGUAGUUGACAUUUUGUAUCACAUAUUUGUUUGAAGUAUCUAGAUCUAGUUUAAAUUUCGUA